CUCGAAUCUAAUUUCUCUCUCUGUCCCGGGGGCGGUCCCAGGGCCCUUCCGCAGUUCUCUCUGCGGGAGGUCGCCUUUCCCAAAUUCGUGUCGCACAAUCCGCCGCUCCCGUCGCUGUUCUGGAUCAGUCAAGCAGAUCUUGGUCCUCGCCUGGUGAAUCAAGACCAAUUGAUCAAGACCCGCCGCUUUGCGCGACAGCCCUCGCAGCACAGCCACGUCACAUCAUGCCAUCCUAUCCCUCCGUUGGGCAGCCUUCCACCGCUGCACCGGCGUACGAUGCGCCCCAGACGACGCCGGUUGUUGCGACGCCGGUUGUUGUCGGCCAGCCGGUGGCGACGAGUGAUCCCACGUAUGCGCAGAUGGUGCAGGACACGACAGACAAGCCCGAGGGUACCGGCGAGCCGCAGCAUGUGCAGCCGCAGACGGUGCAGCCGCAGUUGGGUGGUGCUCAUGUGAUCAACGUGCCCGCGGUGGUGGUGUACGAUCCGCGACAUGAAGAUGACAGGUCGUGCAUGCUCGGCUGUGCACAGGUGGGGAGGGAGGCAGGGACGGUGGGAGGGAGGGAGGAACAGGACAGGCAGACAUUUCUUUCCCUUAUGUGCAAUAUACAUCAAUGUUGUGUUAUGGUGUGUUGUUGUCCAUCAGGUGUCGUGCAUGUUGUCGGUAUUCUUCCCCAUUGUUGGGUGCAUCGCUUUCUGUGCGAAUCUGGACGCCAAGGAGGGGUCCGAGAGGUACAAGUGGGCCCGCCGCUGCCUCCUCGUGGCCAUCGUCAUGAUCGCACUGGCAAUCCUUUGGCGGGUCAUCGUGUACAUGACCUUAAGCUAGACAGACAGACAGACAGACAGUGGGUACCGGGCUGUCGAGGGCACAGCUUUAGUCAUUUUCCUAGGUCCGUAUAUCGCAUUCAUCUGUGUCGGUUCUUUUCAGUGUCAAUCAAGUGUUUCGUGCCUGUCCGUCCAGCGGCGGGACUCUUCCUGCCGGUUGUUGGACGGAGAGGGUGUUAAGCUGGCGGUCAGUGUAUGUGUGUGUUGUAUUUUGUGUCGAUUUCAGCGUCAAGUGUAUCUAUCGUACCCAGAUAGCUUGAGUGUCGUGUCUGUCUGUCCGGCUGCCUGCCUGUCUGUCUGGCUGGCUGGCUGCCUGUCUAUCUAUCUAUCUAUCUAUCUAUCUAUUUAUCUGUCUGCCUGUGUGUCUGUCCAUGCACUGCGUUCGCCGGUUGGAAGCAUGGCGGUGUGUGCAGUGCAUGUCAUGUGUGUAUUGUACGUACGUACGUAAGUUGGCUGUUUUUGGUCACUGCGGCUGAUGUAGCGCAUCUCAUUCGUGUGUGCCUCACUCUAGUCACGGGUGCGGCCUAGCUCGCGGCGCAGCUCCACAAUUGCAUGGUGCUGUGUCUGGGCGUCGGUGAGGCUAUUUCUCGUGCUGACUUCACUGCCUUCGGCAAGUGAGUGCGUUGUGACUGUCUGUCCUUGUUGAGGGCUGGCCCGCUGUCUUGCAAGACCCAACACAUUCAUCUGUUCGUGUGUGUUUUUCGUGUCGAAGGCGCGUGUGUGGGUGAGGUGACUUACUGUGUGUGUGGCUGGUUCAUCGAUGCAUGUGGCUGGCUUUGCGGACGAGGGUAGAGCCUUUGCAAUGGAUGUGUCUUCGGACGGUCUGCUU